AUGAGAACUGAACAGUUUGAUUACAAUGUUGAAUCAAGAGUCAUACCAGACGAUCCCAUUGAGCUGCGCGGCAAAAGUCGCGACAGCGGCAAAAUAGUUGUGCUCGACCGCUCUACUGAGAUGAUUACGCACACAGUGUUUUCAACCAUCUGCCAGUACUUUCGCGGAGGCGACCUCCUAGUAUUGAAUGAUAGCUACGUGCUCGCAAACGUCUUGUGGUUUCAGUAUGGCGACGAGUUUACCCACGUGGGCUUGUCUGGCCACGAACCUGACAAUACGACGGUUGUCGAUAUGUUCGGAUGGCCAUUAGCUGCGCCGGGUUUGACUCUGACUUCAAAAAAUAACGACCAACUCACUUGUACCCUCCUUGAGCAGCUGCCCGACCAGCUCUGGAGAGCGAAGUUCGAACCAUUCGAGCUAGUCACGCCAACGCUAGUUCAAUUCGGACAGCGAGUGGACGAUAUAAAUGAUCCGAACGUGACUCUAUGGAGAUCCUCCCCUCUAGCGUAUCGCUCUGUAUACGCUAAUACACCUGGCUCAUUUAAUAUUCCCUCAGCCGGGCUUCACUUCUCUAACAAACUGUUGGCUGAGGCUGCCGCCAAGGGAGUUGAGGCCGCUCACAUCACGCUACAUGUCGGGGCGACUGAGAGCUUCGCGGUUCGUCAUAUCAGCGAGAAGGAGAUUGAGGAUCACAAGGUCAGGACCGAGUACUUCGAAGUUGGAGACAAAGCAGCUGCACAAAUCAAUCGGGCCAUUUCUGAGGGGAGGCGUGUCAUCGCCGUUGGAACGACUGUCAUGAGAGCUCUUGAAACAUUGGCUGCUAAACAAGAGCCUAAAGCUCCUAUCCAGGCUGAAUCGGGGUGGACAGAUCUAUAUAUAUAUCCCGGGUUCAACUUCAAGCUUGUGAACGUGUUGCUGACAAAUCUUCACCAGCCGCGGUCCAGCCAUAUUGUGCUUACCGCAGCCUUUGCUGGAAAAGAUCUUGUAAUGCGCAGCUACGCGGAGAUUCUUGAAGGUGGUGGAUACGAAUUCGAUAUGUUCGGCGACAGCAUGCUGAUUGUGUAG